CGGGAGGAAACAAGUCUCAUAUAUAUGAUACGAGCCAUGUAAACAGAGGAUUCUUUUUCAUACUCCAGCUGUUAAAACACAUGUGACACUCGGUCAUGGCUGAGGAGCCAGCAGCAGAAAUCCAGCUACUCAGAAGCCACAAGGUCAAGCUGAUAGAAAUUCUCAGCGCAGAUGCUGACUUUGUCCUGCAGCAUGCAGACGCUCUCUGUCUGCUGUCUGCUCAGGGCUACCAGCAGGUGAAAGCUUGCCGUGUUCCUUGUGAGAAGGUGACGGACCUGUUGGAUCACAUAAUCCAGAGAGGUCCUGAAGCAGCACGGGGUCUACUGGAACUGCUAAAACACCAGGACCUAAGGGAAACCUUCCCAAUGCUUCGCUCGGUCAAUCUGCAGGUCAACACACUGUCUCCAGGAAAAAACAAAAGCUCAAGAAAGAGAAAGAAAAAGACAGCUCAUCAUCUACAAGAGGUCAUUCCAUCCAAACAGAUCUGCGCCAAAGGCUCUUGCUUAGUUAAGGAGAAGCAGCUGAUGACCGUGGCUCGUACCAUUGGCAGAUCGUGGAGGGAGAUUGGCAGACUGGCUCUUGACAUCCCGUCCGUGAAGCUGGAACAGAUCGAGGAGGACCAUUCGCUCCACGUGGAGCGUGUGUUUGCCAUGCUGCGCUACUGGAGGAGCUGCCAGAAGGAGAAAGCCACUGCUGCUCACCUGCACUCGCUGCUCAGUCAGGAGGACUGGGCGCUGCCUCCUGAAAGCAUUGACUCUCUGCUGGACUAAGUGAGGCCUUCACUGUCCGGGACUUACAGAGACCGAAACACUUUUAUUAGUCUUAUCAUGUAGACUUUAGUACUUGAAAUUAGUCCAUGGCGCCAUUUAGGACCAUUGAGGCCUUUUGUUCUUUUUAUACAUUUACAACCUAUCUAUCAUUUCGUCAUACUGAUUGUCCAUAGUGUAAUUUUACUUUGUUGGUCUAUCCUCAACAUUUAGUGCAUGUAUCGCCAUCCUGGAUGAUGGAUCCUUGUUUUCUUGAUCUUCCUUAGUUGUUGUUUUUUUUUCAACUUUUUCUCCUGUUAAAGGGAUAUUGUGGACCUUAUUCAUUAUCUGGAUAAGGUCCAAGGCCUAUGAUCAACUUUUUAUGACAGCUUUAAUCACAAUACUAUAAAAAAAGAAUGACUUGUUUUAUGAAAUGUCCUUGAAAGAGUUCUUUUUUUAAUGUUCUGUUCAAAUUGUCUGUUUUAUUGAUUUGUAUUCUGAGCAGUGCUCAUUUUAGUUUUAUGUAAAUACACGAGGGCAUUAAAAUAAUUUUCUUUAUGUUUUGUUUAAUGUUUUUCCUAAAUAUUUUAGGAUUGAUUGCUUUGGCACAAUUUUUGAAAUUAUUUGAAACUAUUUUUGUUUCAGCUCCACAAGCACCACAAAGUCUUACACCAAACCAGCAAAACAUCAUGCGUAUCUUGCAAAAGCAAACACUUCUUGCAAAAAUCUUCAAACUCUUUUUAAAAAUUGUGUUUUUGUGUGUUUACAGUGCACACAAACCAUAAUUUGAACACAAAGCACCUACCCUUGCACAUCGUAUAAAUGAAGAACACUCGUAGGCUUCACUUUUUCUGUGCAGGGCAAAGCAGUCUGCCAUAAAGUUUCACCAUACAUGUCAUACAGGUAUCCAAAUGUGUAAACUAACGUAACAUAGUAAAGUAACAUAAU